AAGGUGCCACUUGUUUCACGGCGGAGUGCUUUAACAGGCGGAAGUCGUAUAAAGCAUUUCCUGUCAACAAAGCCUAAGAAAGUCGGGGUGUAAAAUGGAGGACUGGAAUCCGAUCGCGAAGGUGUACGAGCCGCUAAAAGCCGGCAGCAUCGACGGUACCGACGUGGAACCCCACGACCGAGCGGUGUGGCGGGCCAUGUGCGCCCGCUACAAGCCCAACAAAGGCGUGGUGGGAGACCCGCUGCUGACGCUCUUCGUGGCCCGACUCAACCCGCAGACCACGGAGGACAAACUGCAGCAAGUCUUCUCCAAGUUCGGCGACAUCAAGCGGCUGCGGCUGCUGCGGGACAUCGUGACGGGAUUCUCCAAGCGUUACGCCUUCAUCGAGUACAAGGAGGAGCGCGCGGUGCUCCGAGCCCGCCGGGACGCCAACAAGCUGCUGCUGGACCAGCACGAACUCUUCGUGGACUUCGAACUGGAGCGGACCCUGAAAGGUUGGCUCCCCAGGCGGCUCGGCGGCGGCCAGGGCGGGAAGAAGGAGUCCGGCCAGCUGAGGUUCGGCGGCCGGGACCGACCCUUCCGCAAGCCCAUCAACCUGGGGAGCGGCGGGCGGAAGGAGUGGGAGCGGCCUGGGGCCGGUGGAGGUCGAGACUACAACCGGGACCGGAGCAGGGGGAGGGACGACUCCCGGUACCAGGAGAGGAGCAGGCACGGAAACCGGAGAUGAACCCUUUCAAGUGGACUAUGUACAAGUCUCACAUGGAUCCUGCAACAACUAAUCGAUUAUAAAAAUAGUUGGCCAUUCAUUUAGUCAGCGAUUCGUUGGAUCUAUGCUAUGCGCAUGCGCAGAAGCUCCUUUUUUUUUAUAAACCUUUAUUGAUAAAGUGCAACAUGUACAAACAGCUGAGAAACAAUCAUCAAAAUAAGUAUGGUGCCAGUAUGCUGGGGUUUUUCAAUAAAAUACUGGAAAGGAUAGAAAUGUAGUUUGUCUCUUUUAUCCGAUUAUUAAUCGAAGUAAUAAUCGACAGAUUAAUCGUUAGUUGCAGCCCUACUCGUAAUUAAAGCCAGCCAACAAUGGAGGUAAUUUAUUAUCUAUUUCGCCAAUAAAGCA